UGGGUGUGGGGUAACUUGGGUGGGAACGGCGUGGAGGCCACCACGACGAAGUCCUGCGCCUCGUCGAUGGGGUGUGUGCAGAAAGAGCGCGGAUAAAUAGGAGGCUCCCUGUUCCCGGCGACACUCGCGUAGCCGGUCGGCCGCCCGCCCGGGGUGUUCGCCCGCCCGGUAGCCGGGUGCCAGCCUGGGGAGUAGUUUCGCUUCUUGCUAGCUCCGGGAUUCGUUUUCAGGCACCCCGUCGGGCGCCCGUGGCCCGGGAAGGGGGCGCAGGAGGAGGCGGGAGACUCGUCUCGGGGCUGCUCGGCCCGGCAGCGGGGUUGAUGGCCCGGGCCGCCCCGGGCAGCGGCGCCAGCUCCCUGCCACUGCUCCUGGCCCUCGCCCUGGGUCUAGUGAUCCUCCACUGUGUUGUGGCAGAUGGGAAUUCAACCAGGAGUCCUGAAAAUGAUGGCCUUCUCUGUGGAGAUCGUGGAGAAAACUGCCCAGCUACGACCACACAGCCAAAGCGAAGAGGCCACUUCUCUCGGUGCCCCAAGCAGUACAAGCAUUACUGCAUUAAAGGGAGAUGUCGCUUCGUGGUGGCCGAGCAGACGCCCUCCUGCGUCUGUGAUGAAGGCUUCGCUGGGGCCAGAUGUGAGAGAGUUGACUUGUUUUACCUGAGAGGAGAUAGAGGGCAGAUUUUGGUGAUUUGUUUGAUAGCAGUUAUGGUAAUUUUUAUCAUUUUGGUGGUCGGUGUCUGCACAUGCUGUCAUCCUCUUCUGAAACAUCGAGAAAGAAUAAAGAAGGAAGAAGAAAUGGAAACUCUGGGUAAAGAUAUAACUCCUAUAAAUGAUGACAUUCAAGAGACUAGUAUUGCUUAAUGUCUAUGACGAUACCUCCAGGCUGGUGGCAAGCUACAAAACACCUUACUCAUUUGAAAAUGGACAGACUGUGUCUCAGGAAAACAGCUAGCAAAACGAAUUUUAAAUAAUGUAUUUACUUUUGGUUUGUAAUGUUAAUUUGUGUUGUUUACUAU